AUGGGCGACGCCGGCAUCCGCAGCAGUUCCGAUAGUUUGGAGAGUUUGGAAAGUUCCAAGAGUGAAGUGCGAGUGCGACCGAGUGGCGCGAGAUUGUGUGUGGAGACAGGACACCCGCUUCCACAAAACCCUGGCUACGGCCCUGGGGGAUGCACCUGGGGGAUGCACCUGGGGGAUGCACCUGGGGGAUGCACCUGGGGGAUGCACCUGGGGGAUGCACCUGGGGAUGCACCUGGGGAUGCACCUGGGGGAUGCACCUGGGGGAUGCACCUGGGGGAUGCACCUGGGGGAUGCACCUGGGGGAUGCACCUGGGGGAUGCACCUGGGGGAUGCACCUGGGGGAUGCACCUGGGGGAUGCACCUGGGGGAUGCACCUGGGGGAUGCACCUGGGGGAUGCACCUGGGGGAUGCACCUGGGGGAUGCACCUGGGGGAUGCACCUGGGGGAUGCACCUGGGGGAUGCACCUGGAGGAUGCACCUGGAGGAUGCACCUGGGGAAUGCACCUGGGGGAUGCACCUGGGGGAUGCACCUGGGGGAUGCACCUGGGGGAUGCACCUGGGGGAUGCACCUGGGGAAUGCACCUGGAGGAUGUACCUGGAGGAUGCACCUGGGGAAUGCACCUGGGGGAUGCACCUGGGGAAUGCACCUGGGGAAUGCACCUGGCCUGGGACUUCUCCAACGACUCUCAGCAAUUUUGA